CGUGCUCAGCUGCUUAGCCCAAGAGACCCGUCGACGAUCUCGUAUCCCCGAGAUACUCCGAGUUUCCGGAGCGAUUGACAACAGUGCGUUGUUGCAUCGCGCUCGACGCUCGUCUCCAAAACUCCAGAAAAACCACGGAUCGGCUUCAGAGCUCUUUUUGACCGAUUACCAAAAAAUUCUCGCUCCGCCAGUGACAACCUUUCCAUGAGACUACUUCCCGGAGAAUUCACGAGUUCGCGAAGAUGUCAAAACUCCCGAGGUCUCGAUCGUUUUAAGUCGGGUUUACACGAGUCUUGCGAUCGAUGAGGAUCGCCUCCUCCCGAAGGGAAAUUACUGUUAGUGCGCCCACCCUUUUUGCAAUCGACCUGUAUCUGCAUUCGAUAUAACCCGCGAAGCGACUGUAUACGCGAGAGCUCUAUAUACGUACGGUGGAAACUGCGCAGCUACGGAUUUAACGACUAAAGCGGAGUGCGCUCGCGCGUUUCUCGCGGAUUUCCCGGGGAAUCGGGACUUUCCGGGCCUCGAGCAGCGUUUUCCUUCAUUUGCCCCGACGCCACGAUUGCGUUCGUCACGGCAACAGGUGAAAGGACGACGACCAAAGUUGCUCCGAGGAGCCAGUGUGCGUGCGACAGAGAAGAGGGGGAGAGUACGAGAAAGAGGAAGCAGAAAAAGCGCGAGAAUCGAGCAGACGACGCGCGAGCAGACGACCAAACAAUAACUCGUCGCUCCCGCUCCAAUAAUAACGCUUCAGUCUCUGUGAAACUCGUGAAUUCGUGGACUAUCUUCGACAAUCUUUUACUCCGUUUUUCUUCCUUUUUAUUCGAUUUUCAUUCUUUCGUUCAAACACUCCAACGACUGUCAAAAUGAGCGUCGAAGAUAUAAUCAACUACAAACCCAGCGACGACGAGGACUAUUACGGCCUUCUCGGCUGCGACGAAUCGGCAUCGGUCGAGCAAAUAACCGCCGAGUACAAAGCUUUGGCCCUUCAAUACCAUCCGGACAAGAACGAGGGCGAUAAAGAGGCCGAAGUGAAGUUCCAGCAAUUAAAGCACGCUAAAGAGACUCUUUGUGAUCCUGAGAAAAGGAGCAACUACGAUAAAUGGAGACACAGCGGAAUAUCCGUGAGUUACAAGCAUUGGCUCAGCAAGAAGGAGUCCGUGCUUCAGUCGAUGCACUGGAGUACGCCAAAGACGAAGGAUCGUAUGCUGCCGGACGGGAGCGGUGCUGGUGGUUCGCCAGGUCACGUGAGGGGUCAGCCGGCUGGUAACGCGCACAGGAGAGCGUCGGAGGGCGGUGCCAACAUCCAUUACGGUGCGCGCCGCGAUGUCAAUUGGGACUCGCAGGCAUCGAGCGAGGUUGUCAACAAGUUUCGCAAUUACGAGAUUUAAGCGGAGCUUUAGCGUCGACGUAUCCCUAUAAAUCUCACUAUAAAUUUGUGUACACGCAUAUCCGCGAAGGAGAUUAAAAUUCUGUUCGGGGAGGCAACAAAAGCUCGAUAAAUUGUAAGCCCCGAAUAAUGCUGGGGAACGAUUUAAGAAGAAGAAACAAAAACCUCACAUAUCCUUGAACUUCGCGCCGGCGUUUUCACACUACUCACAAUUACACAGAGACACAUGCACAAUAAGAAACAGAGGGAAGCAAAAGAGGAGGCGGUUCGGACGAAUUAUUCCACGAAAAGUGGCCUUUUCUCAAUAAGUUUUAAAAACAACAAAUGCGUACCAAAAGUCAACUAACCGGUUGAUCAGUCUGAGAUUCUUUUUCUCUCUCGAAAGUCUCGAUAUUUUUUUUAUCCUCUCUCUUUAGGAACAAAAGCGGAGAACGUUGUCAGAAAUUCGUUGCGACGAAAGACCGAAGACGUUACCGAAGAGCGCUUCGAACGCGGGUGAAUUUUGGCUCGUUGAAAAAUUCACGAAGAGCAAAAAGUGUCAGAGCGGAGGUGAGCAUAGCGAGUAAAGAUUGGCCUUUCGAGAAUAUAUUGAAAAAUAUUUUUUUUACAACUUUAUCGAUCAUUUUUUGAACCGAACUUUUUGGAAUAUUUGCAUACCGCAUUUCGGGACAAUUCAUUUUUUCCCGGAGCAUUCGGAUUAAGAAACAAGACAAAAUAACAACAAUCAUACGAACACAAACAUUUUCGGUGCGUGUUAUUCGGCGGGAGAUUGAAAAGAAAAAACAAAAAAAAAAUAUAUAUAUAUAUACAUGUGAAUGUCUGUAGAUAUAUUUGUGAGCUGAUGGAAGAGUGAUUCUUUGAUAAAUUAUACGAUUCGAUCCAGCGAUACGCAUCCCGAUUUAUUCCGCAAAUGAUGUUUUUUUUUGUAAAUGCUCCAUUCGCUGUUCAGUGUCGCCCAGUAAAAAUUCAUUUUACUCGAUUGAAAUUUAGUUACAUCAACAGACGAGAAACCACCAAUUACCGUUGAGUUCAAUAGAGCACAAUCAGUGAUUAGAAGCUCAUUAAGAUCCGAAUCGAACGUUGCAUUAGUUUUUUUAAAGAUACAUGAUUUUGAAGAGGAAAUAUAAAAAGAAUAAAAAAAAACAGUUGUGUCGCAGCUGAACGAUAAGAAAUCAUUCCGAGGGAUCGCUGGAAAGGAGAACAUUGAUCGAGAUCAAUUAUUGUCGUUGUGGUGUUUAAGAGUUUAAACGAGUUGAAUAUAAAAGAAUAAAAUAUAUAAAUAAUGUGUAUGAAUAUAUGUAAACAGACGAAAAAAUGACGAUUCCUGUCGGAAGCAUCGUCCUAUUUAAUUCACGGAAAAACAAAAAGAUACGAUAAAAAAAAAUGAUUCCCGCCGCGAGAUGAAAUGUGACGGAAGAUCGACACGAAGAAAUAAAUAACAGUAAAAAGACAGAUAUAUCUGAUGAACAAAAGGCAAGGGUUAUAUAAGAAAAAUGUACUCGUAUAGCUGUGUUAUCGUCGUGGGACUCGAAACGUGCUUCGAGCAUCACACUCUGAUCCCUCAAAACCGCCAUAAAGGACUCUCCCACGAGAACUAUCCUUUGAAAAUGAAACUUGCAAAGACGCGACACUUGCGCUGUAAAGUAGACUACAAUUUCCGGCUUAAGACCGAACAAAAUGUUAUCGUGCAUCCUCCGAAAUAAAACAUAUUGACAAGACA